UGGUACUUGUGUUCUACCCGGACAUGUGAGCGGUUGUACAGGUGCACAGAGUCGGUUUCGGCACGCCAUUGUGGAAAAUAGUUACUUUCACAUUACUGACUCCUCACUCCGAGCUAGCUUUGCUAGUUGAGUUAUCCUGAGUAAAAUAACAAAAGAAGAAGCUGUUCCACAAUGGCUACGGACUCCUGGGCCCAGGCAGUGGACGAGCAAGAAGCCGCGGCGGAAUCGAUCGGUAACCUUCAAAUAAAAGAGAAACCAGAGGAAAAUGGCACGGCUGCAAACGCAACAGACUCCAGCAGUGCAGCUGCAAGUUCAGAAGUAGAGGGAGAAAACAAGACUACAGAUGACGAUGACAAAGACGACAAAGCAGCACAGUCACUGUUGAACAAGUUGAUCCGGAAUAAUCUUGUAAAUAACACUAAUCAAGUGGAAGUUCUUCAGAAGGAUCCCAACUCUCCGCUCUACUCUGUCAAGUCCUUUGAGGAGUUGCGACUCAAACCACAGUUGCUUCAGGGCGUGUACGGCAUGGGUUUCAACCGACCAUCUAAAAUCCAGGAGACUGCCUUACCUAUGAUGCUGGCCGAACCUCCACAGAAUCUGAUUGCCCAGUCGCAGUCAGGAACAGGGAAAACAGCUGCCUUUGUCCUGGCCAUGCUCAGUCAUGUAGAUCCCAACAACAAAUAUCCCCAGUGCCUGUGUGUGUCACCCACCUAUGAACUGGCACUUCAGACUGGUAAGGUAAUCGAGCAGAUGGGCAAACACUAUCCUGAGGUCAGACUAGUCUACGCCAUCAGAGGAAAUAAAUUGCAGCGGGGCAUGAAGUUGCAGGAACAGAUAGUUAUCGGCACACCUGGCACCAUGCUGGACUGGUGUGGUAAAUUCAAGUUCAUAGACCCCAAGAAGAUCAAGGUGUUUGUGUUGGAUGAGGCCGACGUCAUGAUCGCCACACAGGGUCACCAGGACCAGAGCAUCCGCAUCCAGAGGAUGCUGCCUAAAAACUGCCAGAUGUUGCUGUUCUCAGCCACGUUUGAAGAGUCAGUGUGGAACUUCGCCCAGCGCAUCGUGCCUGACCCCAACAUCAUCAAGUUGAAGAGAGAGGAGGAGACGCUGGAUACCAUCAAACAGUACUAUGUGUUGUGCAACAGCAGGGAGGAGAAGUUCCAAGCCCUCUGUAACAUCUACGGAGCCAUCACCAUUGCCCAGGCUAUGAUCUUCUGCCAUACAAGGAAGACUGCAGGCUGGCUAGCAGGGGAGCUGUCCAGAGAGGGCCACCAGGUGGCGCUGCUCAGUGGCGAGAUGCAGGUGGAGCAGAGGGCUGCUGUCAUCGACCGCUUCAGAGACGGCAAGGAGAAGGUCCUGGUUACCACAAAUGUUUGUGCUCGAGGUAUCGAUGUCGAGCAGGUUUCUGUGGUCAUCAACUUUGACUUGCCAGUAGACAAGGAUGGUAACCCAGACAACGAGACAUACCUGCACAGGAUUGGCCGCACAGGUCGAUUUGGCAAAAGGGGACUGGCCAUCAACAUGGUGGACAGCAGGAUGAGCAUGAACAUCCUCAACAGGAUUCAGGAGCAUUUCAGUAAGAAAAUUGAAAAACUAGACACAGAUGAUCUGGAUGAAAUUGAGAAAAUUGCCAGCUAAAGAGAACGCAGUUUAUCACAUGAAGGAUGCCGACCCAACUUCCCUUCCCUUCUUCGCUCUUCAAGGACUGUACGCUCCUACAGUGUUUUAUGCUUUUAUUUUUUUAGCCGUCGGAGAAAAGAACAAAACCACAAACGCAGCAUAUGUUUACACGUGGAUAUGUCUCCUCUCAGACGAGUGUUUUGUAAGUCUCUGGAACAUACCCAAUUUCACUCUUUGUACCUCUUUGAAUAAAGUCUAUGAGUUUAUCGCUGUGUGUCGUGAUGCUGCAGAAGCAGCCAUAAUAGACUGUUGUAUUGAACACACGUGGAUUUUAAAAAACACGUUUUGGUGUUGGCUGUAGCGGCGGCAUGAUACAAGCUGUUCUAUAAAGAGAUUCACUAAAAACCCUAAUAGAAAAAUAACCAUUUUAUGUGCCACAAAGUUUUUAAAAGGAACAAAGUAUAAUUGAAUGUAACUGUAUCAUGUUGACUAUUACAGCAUUGUGCUCUGUAUUGACCAAAACUCAGUACAAAGGGUGAAGUUGGGUAUGGUGCUCUGAGCGGUAGUUUAAUUAUUAAGAUUAUAUUAUUGAGAUGGUGAUGGUUGGGUUUCAAGGGUCUAUGCAAACUUAUCAACCUGUGAUAGCUGUUAUCAAAUACUAUCAACCUGUUUUCACAUGACAGAAAUUAAUUCUGAAUUAACCUCAGCUUUAGCAUCAGGGUGUGUAGUCCAAUGCCAAAAAUGGCUGCCUAGAGUGAUAUUAUACUACUAACUCCCAAGUCAUGGACAUUUUAGAUAUUUCUGUUUAGCCAGUAAUCAAUCAUAAGCCAACCACACAUCUCUCAUGCAUAUUGGUCAUAUCAUUUUUAAAAACGAUUAUGGCCGUUACCAGGACGGACCUGGCGCCACUGCAGAGCAUUAACCAUGAGUCCUCAUUUUCCUACAUCUGUCUUUUAAAACCUCAUUUUAACACAAAAUGUGGCCAUUAAGGUCUGAUGCGAUCAGUUUCCCUUUGUGUCUCACUGUCCCACACAAUCUUUUCAAUCAGGGUCUCCAGUUUGACUUAAGCUCAGCUACAUUCUUCAACCAGACUGUGCUGUUAUUAAGGAUUGUGAGUUUAGGAAAAAAAAAAACGCAAUGCCUUCCUCAAGUGCAUUAUAUAUACAUAUGAUUUUGUUAUUGAUAUUCUAAGACAUUGGGCUUAUUAUUCUGGCUAACACUUGAAAUUUUGACUAUAUAUUGAAUUAUGGGCGUCUUUAGGAUGUGUGAAUUAUCUUUAAACCAAAUGCUGAAUUGACUUGAGGACCUAUGCCAAUCAGAUUCACUGUGUUGCUCCAACACGGUCGCAUGGAUAGGAAACAUGUACUUGUGUACAUAUUUUAAAACAUUUUAGAUUAAAGAACUAGUGUGACUGAAUUAUUGUUUGUCACUUCUAAGAAGUGCAAAAACAUUCCUCAUGAGGUUCAAUUUUGACAGAUGCAGCACUUCGAAUAGGGUGAGCCUAAAUCAGUUAACCUUGUAUCAGUGGGUGACUGAACGAAAUUACGGAAACGGUGUGGUGUCUGGUGUAUUUGAUGAAUGCACUGGAACAUUAAGGGCAGUGAUUGGUCAGUCUGAACCUUGUACAAACCUCAUCUGGCUCCCACCGGCACUGAGAAGACUGCUGGUGGUAGUCUGGUUUUAAUGGACUGUUUACAGACAACUUGCUGAAAAUCACUCAACUCAUUGAGCAGAUGCAGCCAAAUUAGAAACCAGUGUGCUGAAAAUCCAUGAGACUGGUCUGUGAAGACUUGUGGGUAAAGAAGCAGUGUAUGCAGUUUUAUUUGGACAUUUGGAUGUAUACAUUAGCAGUGAGUGUGUGUGCACUUUGUUGAUCCAUAAUCUAAUACCAGUGUACGGGAGCCAUGGACACACAAAGCAGUUUUGGCUAUAGAACUUAACACUCUUCUCCACAUGUCGUAUACCUUGUUUGAUAAUUGUCAGAACCUACCAAAACCCAGUUCACACAUGUAAUAAUAAUAAUAGGAGUAAUACUGCCUAACUAGGUUUAAAGAGCAAGUUGUCUGUUGUAACCUGAAGGUCAUGUGUAGACAAUGAUAGGUUCAAGGUGUGUGGUAUUCAGUAGCUGAGCUGCGUUCAUGGACACAGUUAUGUAUUCUUAAUAUGUUGAAUUAAAAGAACAUGUAGAUGUUCAUCUGUA